CGCUGGCGUCCUCUCAAACCUCGCGCACCAGGGUGCGGGGUGACGGGCUCGGCUGUGUGCUUGGGACCCGGGCCUCGUCGCCAUGGACCGGGACCUGCUGCGGCAGUCGCUGAACUGCCACGGGCCGUCGCUGCUGUCCCUGCUGCGGAACGAACAACAGGACAACCCGCACUUCCGGAGUCUGCUGGGGACGGCCGCCGAGCCUGCCCGGGGCCCCGCGCCGCAGCAGCACGUCCCGGGCAGGAAAGAGAAGCGAAUUGACAACAUUGAAAUACAAAAAUUCAUCUCCAAAAAAGCUGAUCUGCUUUUUGCGCUCUCCUGGAAAUCAGAUGUCCCCGCUUCUUCUGAAAUGAAUGAAGACAAUGACAGUCAUUAUGCAGUCGUGCCACCCUUAGAGCAAUUCAUGGAGAUACCCAGCAUGGACCGGAGAGAACUGUUUUUCCGCGAUAUUGAACGUGGUGAUAUAGUAAUUGGAAGAAUUAGUUCCAUUCGAGAAUUUGGCUUUUUCAUGGUGUUAAUCUGUCUAGGAAGUGGCAUUAUGAGAGACAUAUCCCACCUAGAAAUCACAGCUCUUUGUCCAUUAAGAGAUGUGCCAUCUCACAGUAACCACGGAGAUCCAUUAUCAUAUUACCAAACUGGUGAUAUAAUUCGAGCUGGAAUCAAGGAUAUUGACAGAUACCAUGAGAAGCUUGCAGUAUCUCUGUGUAGCUCCUCUCUGCCACCACACUUAUCUGGCAUUAAACUAGGUGUAAUUACUUCUGAAGAGCUUCCUUUGUACUAUAGGAGGAGUGUUGAACUAAACAGCAAUUCUUUGGAGUCCUAUGAAAACAUCAUGGAAAGUUCCUUAGGAUUUGUUAAUCCUGGAGUAGUCGAAUUCCUCCUAGAAAAACUAGGAAUAGAUGAAACUAAUCCACCAUCUUUAAUGAGAGGCCUACAAAGCAAAAAUUUCUCUGAAGAGGAUUUUGCUUCUGCAUUAAGAAAGAAACAGUCUGCAUCUUGGGCUUUAAAAUGUGUGAAGAUUGGAGUGGAUUAUUUCAAGGUUGGACGUCACGUGGACGCCAUGAAUGAAUACAAUAAAGCCCUGGAAAUAGACAAACAGAACGUGGAAGCUUUGGUAGCUCGGGGAGCAUUAUAUGCAACAAAAGGAAGUCUGAACAAAGCAAUAGAAGAUUUUGAACUUGCAUUAGAAAACUGCCCAACCCAUAGGAAUGCAAGAAAAUACCUCUGCCAGACACUUGUAGAAAGAGGAGGACAGUUAGAAGAAGAAGAAAAGUUUUUAAAUGCUGAAAGUUACUAUAAGAAAGCUCUGGCUUUGGAUGAGACCUUCAAAGAGGCAGAGGAGGCUUUGCAGAAGCUUCAUAAGUACAUGCAGAAAUCUUUGGAAUUAAGAGAAAAACAAGCUGAAAAGGAAGAAAAGCAGAAAACAAAGAAAAUAGAAACAAGUGCAGAAAAGUUGCGUAAGCUCUUAAAAGAGGAGAGAAGGCUAAAGAAGAAAAGAAGAAAAUCAUCAUCCUCUUCAAGUGUUUCUUCUGGUGAUGAGUCUGUUUCUUCUUCCUCGUCCUCCUCUUCUGGUCACAAACGGCAUAAGAAAAGUAAGAGGAACCGCUCAGAGUCUUCCCGCAGUUCCAAAAAGCACUGGUCUAGGGCAUCCUCGAGUCACAUAGAUCAAAAUAGGAAGGAUGAAUGCUACCCAGUUCCAACUAAUACAUCGGCAUCUUUCCUUAACCAAAAACAAGAAGUGGAAAAACUUCUGGAAAAGCAAGAUAGGCUACAGUGUCAGGACACACAGGUAACAGAGAAAGAUAGAUGCCCUCUCUCUUCAUCUUCAGUUGCAGUACUGGAUGGUUUUGGAGGUAGGUCUGAAGAUCUAAGGGAUUGUUACAAUAGCUCUAAAACCCAGGCAAGUAGUAGCAAAACUGAAAAACCAUCUAAAUCAGACAGACAUCUUUCCAGUAGAAGAAAUUCCUCAGAAUCCUUUGGUAGGAGUUCAGAGGACAAAGUAAAAAUACAUGGUUAUAAGAGAGUUGAAAGGGACACAGAGGGAAAAAAAGAUCACUACAGAAGGUGGGAGCCAGGUUCUGCAAGGCAUUCCACUUCACCAACAAGUUCAGACUACUCCUGGAAGUCACUUGAAAAACACAAAAACACUUACUCUGGAGCACGUGAUUUCAGUAGAUAUGAGCAAAAGUACCAUUUAAAUCCAAACCAAGGAGACUGUGAAAGAGAGGACAAUUCUGGGGAGGAUAGCAAAGCAGACGUUCCCGAAGACAGAUUGAAUAGCAAAGAGCAGUCAGAAGGCAGAGUUAAAAAGAAUUUACCUCAAAACUUACUCAACAUAUUUAAUCAGAUAGCCGAAUUUGAGAAAGAAAAGGGAAAUAAACCAAAAAAUUGAUCUGUUAAGGGAAAUUGCACAUUACACUAAACCUUUAAUUACAGUUUGGGAGUAGUCAUAAUUUGUUCCUAAAAUUUGUAGACUACAAGAAACUUUCUUCCAGUUUUAUUUCAGUUCUGCAUCCCCUUUAGCAUAGCAAUAUUUUAGGCUUUUUAUGAGUAUGUUUAUGAAUACCAUAUUUCUUUCUUUAACAAUUUCAACUUCUUCACCUAAAGAUAUUUCUCUGAGAGCACUGUUCCUUCAUUUUAUUGUGGUUUGUGAGAAUCUCAGGCCUUAUAUAGCUGUUGGAGAGAAAACUUUAAAUUUGUGUAUUGAACACUUGGAAUUAAACAUGAUUUUCCUCUUGUUAAAAGCCUUUAGCUUUUGAGAACGACACUUGAAUGUUUCUUGUGUAUUGUUUUAUAUGUUUUAAGUAUUAAAUUUUUUGCACCAUUUUUAAAUGAUAAAUUAUGACUUGAUUUACCUCUUAUGCCUGAUGUAUGUGGUCUUUGAGCAUAGUUUUUUGCCCAGCUUAACAAAACACCUUGGGAAUAGGACUGUGAAGCUGAUCAAGAGCUUACUUUGCUCAUUCUCCAUUAUUACUUCUGUUUACUGCUUGCAUUAUGGGUAUAGGAAGGCUUUUGGUUUGCACCCCCCCCCCCAUGUGGACCUCUGCCUCCGGAGUGCUAAGAUUAAAGGAGUGCACCACCACUCCCCGCAGUAGUGGGCUUUCAAUCUGUCAUUCGUGCUGAAACAGGACGGAUAUAGGUGGAUAGGUAGGUAGAUGGCUUUCUAGCCAUAAAAACCUAAGAAUGGAACAAAUGGAAAACACUCUUUCCUUGUUCUAUUUUGUAUGUACUUUUUGCUGCCAAUAAAAUACCAAAGCUUUA